GCAGAGCCACUGUUUACAGGCAGAGAGCAGCAGGCUGCACGAGCUGUGGACGCGUGGAAACCGGAGGUCGCAGGAGAAGCUCGUGUAAAGUUGGUGAAACUCGCGGGUGAAGCGGUUCGGGUCGUGCGGGUCUCAUGGUGACACUCUACCGGCUCCCUGGUAACGACUCGCCGGCUUCAGAGCGUCGAUCCGGGCGGUAAAUCGCCACAUUCCGCCCGCGGACUCCUGCACGCUCGCUAGCUAGCUAACAGCUAGCUGCAGGAGCUACUCGGCUAGCUGGCUAGCGAGGUCCAGCCCCAGAGAGGAGUUGUUUACCCCAAGUUGUGGAUGCGGUCGCCCCCCGAGCUGCCCACGACUUUUCUCCGGGACCAGAGGGCCAGGACCCCCGCGGCACACUGGAUUUAACACCGCGAGCUGUUAGGAGACCAGCAGGAUGUCCGCAGAGGUCGAGAGCAGCCAGGUCGACUCCGGUCUGACAGCGGAGAAGAACCAAAACAAGUCCGAGGCGCAGAGGGAGCCGCCGGGGCAGAGGGGCUCCGACAAGCCGCUGCAGGGCGGCUCCGAGGCGGACCGGAGCCCCGCGGACACCCACAGGAAGUGCAAGGAGAACGACAAGGAGAACGACCAGAGCGGCGACGCGGACGCGGCUGUGGAGGCGGCGAAGAGGAACGUUGUGGAGGCGCCUCCGCCGAAAGUCAACCCGUGGACGAAGAGGACCACGGGCAGGGUCGCCAUCAACACCAUCAGCUCCCAGGACAAAGAUCAACAAAACGCUCUGAAAGUCGUCCGAGCCAGCAAACCCAGGACGAGAAAGUCCAGCAAGUCGAGUGACUUCAGCGAUAUCACAAACUGGCCCACACCCGGGGAACUGGCCAAAGAGCAGCAGCAGAAUGUCCUCAACAACGGAAAGAAGCCCAGCUCCUCUCGCGGGGAGAAGGAGAAGACGAGCGAGCGACCGGACAGGAAAUCUGAGAGCAGCCACGACGGGGGUGAGAGCAAAGAGAACCAGGAGGCUCAGCCCGACCCGCUGGGAGAGCUGCCCAAAGACGGAGAGUCCAAGACGGCACCGGACGCCAAGAGCGCCAGCCUGAAGAAGAGAGGAGGUGAGGGUAACAAACGUAAGUGGGUUUCUCUGCCGCUGGAGGAAGGGUCCCGGGACGACGGCGGCCGCGGCGACAAGACGCCCAGUGGGGCCCACACACGCUCGGACACGGAGCCCAACAGCGACUCCCCCGACCCCACGUCGCCCAAUCACACGCUCCAUAAUAACAGGCCGCAUGAUAGCAGCAGGAGUUGGAGAAGUGGGCCGCGGGACUUCGGCGACGAGGCCGCCAGCGUCCGAAGUGACAGUGGGAGCGUUCGUGGUGGAGUACGAGGCCGAGGGAAAGGUCGUGGGCGCGGGAGAGGUCGUGGACGAGGUCGUUAUGAAUUCUCCCAGAGCUUCAGAGACUCUCAGUCGUCCGACGGCUCUGCUCAGGCCGACUUCGGCUCCAACAUGGUUUACUAUUACGACGACGGCAGCAAGGUCCAGAUGUACACGGUGGAUGAAAAGCUCCUCAAGGAAUACAUCAAACGUCAAAUCGAGUACUACUUCAGCCUCCACAACCUGGAGCGAGACUUUUUCCUGAGGAGAAAGAUGGACGUGCAGGGCUUCCUCCCCAUCUCCCUGAUCGCCAGCUUCCACCGAGUCCAGGCCCUGACCACCGAAGUCAGCCUCAUCGUGGAGGCCCUGAAGAGCAGCACGGAGGUGGAGCUGGUGGACGACAAAGUUCGCUGUAAAAUUGAGCCGGAGCGCUGGCCCAUCCCCACCCCCCCCGUCGGGGGCUCCCCCCGAACCGACUUCUCUCAGCUCAUCAACUGCCCCGAGUUCGUUCCUCGUCAGACUCUCAGCUCCACAAACUCCGCUUCAUCGCCCGUGAAGGAGACUCCUCCUGAGUCUGCCGAGUCUCAGGACUCAGCCGAGGCCGACUCCUCGAGCCAAGAGGAGCUCCCCACCACAGACGUCUUUGAAGACGCCGCCGCCCCCAAGCCGGACCCUGACGCCUGGAUCCAGGUGGAGAAACGCCACAAGCAGCCGUCAGCAAAGGCAAAGCAUGUCAGUGAUGAUGUGUGUGUUGUAGCCUCCUCUCCUCCCUCAGCGCUCCCACCCGAUCUCCUCCCCUCCUCAGGCGACAGUAAGACGCCUCCCAGCAACCAAGCUCCUGCACCGGCCGUGCCCGACCAGGAGGAGCUGGACUUCCUAUUCGACGAGGAAAUGGAGCAGAUGGCGCCCAGGAAAAACCAAUUCACCGACUGGUCAGACGAGGACAACUCGGACUACGAGCUGGACGACCAAGACGUCAACAAGAUCCUCAUCGUCACCCAGACUCCUCCCCACAUGCGUAAACACCCCAGUGGCGACCGGACGGGCAACCACGAGUCCCGUGCCAAGCUCACUACCGACCUCGCCAAAGCCAUCAAUGACGGGCUGUACUACUAUGAACAGGACCUAUGGACGGGAGAGGAACAGAUCGAGGUCAUCAAGCAGGAAGCGGAGAAUUUCAAGAAGCUGAGCGUCAUCACUAAAGACGAGUUUGACACUCUCGCCCCCAAAGUGCCUGUUGACCCGAACCAGGAAGUGCCACCUCCUCCGAUGCCAGUGGACAGCGCCGCAGAACUGUCCCACUCUCUGCCCACAACGGUCCCAGAGUCGCCCAGCACUCACGAGCCCCGAACCCCCAGAACGCCUCGCACCCCCGGACGCCAGGACCCUAACAAGGCGCCGCGCUUCUUCCCCGUGAUGAAGGAGAGCGGCACCGUCGACGGACAGAUGUCGAGGAAGAAGAAGACACGCCACAGCUCCAACCCUCCACAGGAGGCGCACAUCGGCUGGGUGAUGGACUCCCGUGAACACCGGCCGCGCUCCACAUCCAUCAGCAGCUCCAACGCGUCUCCAUCAGAAGCGGCGCCGCUGUCGGGAAGCUACGGCUGCACCCCCCAGUCUCUGCCCAAAUUCUGGCAUCCAUCCCACGAGCUGCUGAGGGACAACGGCUUCACCCAGCAGGGUUACCACAAGUACCGCCGACGGUGCCUUAACGAGAGGAAACGGUUGGGAGUCGGUCAGUCACAGGAGAUGAACACCCUGUUCAGAUUCUGGUCCUUUUUCCUGAGGGACAACUUCAACAGGAAGAUGUACGAGGAGUUCAAACAGUGUUCAGUGGAGGACGCCAAAGACAACUACAGGUAUGGACUGGAGUGUCUGUUCAGAUACUACAGCUACGGUUUAGAGAGGAGAUUCAGGUUAGAUCUGUUCAAGGACUUUCAAGAGGAGACGCUCAGAGACUUUGAGAAAGGUCAGCUCUACGGUCUGGAGAAGUUCUGGGCCUUCCUGAAAUAUUCAAAGAUGAAGAACCAGCCCAUUGACCCCAAGCUGCAGGAACACCUCUCCCAGUUCAAGAACCUGGAGGACUUCAGGGUUGUGCCCCCGAUGGGAGAGGAGGGAGGCAGGAGGAGACGCCACUCGUCCUCGGCCGGGGACGAAGGGAGGCGUCGGCGACAUCCUUCCAACACUACCUCAAAGCCCACGCAGGCCUCCAAAUCCUCCAGUGCUGCUGCUCCACCUGCCGCCGCCGCCGCCACCGCUGCUGCUGCUGCACAGAACGCACCCAAAGACAACGCCCAGAAAUCCACCGCAGGAGCGAGCGCCCAGGCGAAGAAGACGGAGUCCGGGGCCGGGAAGAAGCAGAGCGCUGCACCAAAUAAAUGAAGCUCCCUCCCUGGAGGCGUGGGUUUGGACAGAAGAGAAGCGGCGCGGCUCUGAGCUGCGGAGUUUGCUCUUGUCAGCGGGCAAACCGUUAGGGUAUGAAGAGAGACUGAGCGUGGUUGACUUCAUUUGAUUGUUUUUAUCAGUGCAUUUCAUUUUAAAGCAAGCAAGCAUAGGCAGUGAGCUUGAAUUUGUGCAGCUCGUUUAUGUUUACAGAAAGAAAAAAAAAAUGCAUUCCCUGCAUUUUGCCUUUUGUUCUCUCAGAUGCCAAACUCUUCAACAAGUGUGUCGAUCUGCACGACCUGUCGACCGCUGUGGUCUGUGACGAGGUGUUGAACUGUGAUUCUAGUUUGCCAAGAUAAGAGACGCUGCAGAUUGUCUUGUGUGCCUUAAAUCUGACUCACCAGGACGACUGGAGGACGAUUGGUGACAACAAAAAAAAAAAGUCCAAAUUCUGCUUUUUAAAGUCUUCCCAGCUGAUUAUUUUUGGGGUUUUAAUGUUUUUUCAAAGUGACACCACUCACAUUUUUCUAUUUUUUAUUUUUGUCAUGAGGCAUAAAUAUCUUCAUCGUCUUCAUCGUGACAAUCAAAGUCGACAUCUGCAGUCAUACAGUUUCUGGGCAGCCCCUCGAGGCUGCUGCUCCGGGACAGAUGUGCCCUGAUGUUUUUCAGUCUGACUGACAGACAUCACAGCUGAAACCAUCACAUCGGAUUUUAAUUAAUUUAAUUAAAAACCUGGAAAAAUGUUAAAUUCAUCUGGGAAGCUUUACUUACUUUAAGUCCCAUUUUACACCCAGAGGUAGAAUAAUUUAUUGUUUUUGUUUUUAUUUUUCCUUUUACUUGAUUGAUGAAAUAGUCUUAGGUAAUCGAUGCAGUUUUAAAUAGCUUUUGCUAUUGAAUAUGAUAUAAAAAAUUUAAAAAAAGUUAAAUAUUUCUGCUGGAACUAUGGGUGUGAGCUAGCUUCAUAAAAAAACUACAGUAUAUUUUAGCUUGAAGUUUACUUCAUAUUAUAUUUGAGGCUUAGUGCUCUAGAGCACUUUAAUCAUUAACUUUCCUUUACUUCAUCAGUGGACUUAAAGAGGAUUUAGAGUUGAAUUUAAAGAAAAAAAUGUAAAUACUAUAAAAAAUCAUUUGCUAUUCAGUUAUCCUUUUGAUUUUAAGAAGUGAUUUGUUUUAUCGGUAAUGUGGUUUUUUUGUUUUGAGUGUGUUUUAGGACAAAGCAAUGCAUGUCGAUGAAUUGUAAAAUGCAAAAAAAUAUAUAAAAUAACACUUGAUUGUA